CUCUCCUUGAAUAUCACCGCCCCGUAAAUUGAGUAGUAAAGUAAUCUUGGUAAAUUCCCCCCCCCCCGCGCCCCAUGUAUUGCAGAGUAUGUGCGUAAGGGGGUGUGCUGUCUUGCACCACCUCAACCCAGCAUACUUUUCAGGGUAUAUAUCUUUGGACUCUCUUCACUCCACACUCCAUUUUUGACGACCUGUGGUGUUUGGUGCCAGUGCGGUGUCUCAUCGCAUCACCAUCAUUGGAACAACGCGAUCAUUCAUUCACAAACCGACUUGAAUAAGUCCAUCACAAUCAUAAAAAUGGCCACUGCUGUGGCGCCGGCGUCUGCUGGCGGCCGGGAGCCAGUAGUGCCCUCUCCGUCACACACUGUGCUGUGCAAGGUCCCUCUGCAGGGAGCAGUGCUACCAACAGAGGCUGAUGACCGCUGGGACGAGCAGCAUGUGCGCCUGCCAUGCUCGCCAAAGAGCCUGUACCCCGCGCGGCAGCGGGACGGCGGCACACAGCUGGUCCAGCGCUGGUCCAUGGUACAGGAAGCCCUCCAACGUAAUAUAGACAGCUCAGCCGCCCUCGAGGACGCCAUCAAGUCUUACAACUCUCGCUACAAGGACAAGUGGGAUUUUUCCGGGCUGCGGUACUUCAUUGAUGAGGUGCUGGCCGACGAGGAGCGCCAUCACCUGUUCACGGUGACCGUGCCGCAGCUGUGCCGGCUGGCGCUGCGGCUGCCAGAGCUGCUGCCGGCGCCGCUGCCGCUGCUCGCCCGCCACCGCAGCCACUCGGUCUCACUGUCGCAGCUCCAGGUGGCCUCGCUGCUCGCCAACGCCUUCCUCUGCACGUUCCCGCGCCGAAACUCUGCCCGGCGCGGUCAGCGGCCGGCCGAGUACAGCAACUAUCCUGACAUCAACUUUAACCGUCUGUUCUGCUGGAGCGGCGGACGCCGGUCGGGGACGGCCGGACUGUCGCAGCGCCGCGUCGAGAAGCUCAAGUGCCUGCUGCACUACUUCCACCGCGUGCUGCGGCGCGAGCCGACGGGCGUGCUGACGUUCAGUCGGCGCUUCCUGUCGCCGGCCGAGCUGCCGGACUGGUCGGCGUCCGAGGCGCGUCUGCCGGCGCUCAGCUGCCACAGCGAGGGCCUCAUCGAGGACCAGCUCGGCUCGCUGCAGGUGGACUUUGCCAACAAGUUUGUGGGCGGCGGAGUGCUGGGCGACGGCUGCGUUCAGGAGGAGAUCCGAUUCCUCAUUAACCCGGAGCUGAUCGUCGCUCGACUGUUCACCGAGGUGCUAGACGCCACCGAGUGUCUGGUGGUCACCGGCUGCGAGAGGUUCAGCCAGUUCGAGGGCUAUGCCGACACCUUCAAGUGGACGGCCAAGGCCACCGACCCGAGUUCGCUGGAUGAGUUCGGACGGAGGAGCACUCAGGUGGUGGCGCUGGACGCCGUGCACUUCACACAGCCCCAGCGGCAGUACAUGAAGCACUUCCUGCUGCGCGAGCUGAACAAGGCGUACGUGGGCUUCUCUUGGGCCGGGGGUGGCCCGCUGCCUCCCGUCGCCACUGGCAACUGGGGGUGCGGCGCAUUCAACGGUGACCCUCACCUCAAAGCGCUGCUGCAACUGAUGGCCGCGGCACUGGCGGGCCGGGAAGUCAUCUACCUGACGUUUGGUGACGAGAUGCUGAGGGACAAGCUGCUGGACAUCCACGCGUUCCUCCGAGAGAGGAAUGUCACCGUCGGAGCGCUCCACAAGGCGCUGCUCGAGUACGGCCGACUGUACGACGGCCACAGCCAGCGGCCGGACCUGCUGCGCUUCGUUCGCCAUCGGCUGGCCGGGGGCGCCGGAUCCGACUACGGCUCGGACACGGACGCAGAGAUGGAGCCGGGGCCAGAGCCGGAACCGGGGCCGGAGCCGGAGCCGGAGCCGGGGCCGGAGCCGGAGCCGGGGCCGGUCGCUGAGCCCGCAGCGCCGCAGCAGCCAGAGGAAAGUCAAGAGUCGCUUGAUGUAGAAUCUGAAGCAAGGUCAGCCUGUGAAUCAGACGUUACGGCUGAAAUGGAGCCGGAACAGAUCGAGGACAGGCAGCCCGCCGGCACUGAGUCUGAGGCGACCAACGGCGUGAAGCGCGUGAGGCGGCGCACCGACUCUGACUCCGACUCGGCGGUCGCUGCCGGCCGGGCCGCGCCCACCGCCGCUGCCGACUCUGGGGACGCGACGCAGCAGUUCGCGCGGUUCGAGGUCAUCAGCGAGACUUCCAGAGCCCGGACCGUAUCACGGCAAGCGAAAAUCACCAGCUAUCUAAAGAAGUGAUAGAUAUACCGCUGUUCAUGAAAUAGGACAGGCUAGGAAAGUAAAUCAGCAGUGGCUUUCGUUACAUCUUUAGCCUAAAAUCGUUUUAAAAUCGAUCGUAAACGGUUAUUCGUUAAAUCGUUAUUAGGUCAAAUUGGAUACAUUUAAAUUACGUAUCAGAUUAAACUUAAUGACGAUUUAACGACUAUCGGCUAGCGAUUAACGAUUUUAUAACUAUUUUGAACUAAGGGUUCAACAAAGACGAUUGCUGCAUUUCUGUACCACUGUGAUUUAACCGCUGGUGAUUUUGUGUCCGCUCCUUGUGUCAGCUCACAGCUGGUGAUUUGUGCCUGUGAUACAAUCACAGUCAUAUAGAAGUCAUUUGAUAAACAGUAAACACUGCAUUUUGGUGCGCGCGCACACACACACACACAAACACAUUCACAUACACACAAACACUCAGGCACUGCGCCGUUUUUUAUUUACAUCAUUUUACAUCGACAAGGCGUGCUUUAAUUUACACUGUCGUGUUUUUGUUAUCGUCAGUGUGAAUGCCAACGUAAAUAUAUGCCAGGUUGCUGUGA